GAGUUCAGAGUCGUUUUAUUAACUGGACAGGCGCAUACCGUAACCGAAAGCUGGUCAAACGUGUAUACAUCCGCGCAAAAUACGGGGACUUUUCUUUGAGGAAAAAAAAAAAAAAAUGAGCGCCUAAGAGACAGCGUUAAAAGAAUACCCCUGCUUGUGACUAACGACCAUUGGAUAUACACAACACUGUACUUCCUCUCCCACAUAAGCUGAAAGAUGUCACUGGUAGAUUUGGGCAAAAAGCUCCUGGAGGCAGCCCGAUCAGGCCAGGACGAUGAGGUCCGCAUUUUAAUGGCCAAUGGAGCACCCUUUACCACAGACUGGCUUGGUACAUCACCCCUGCACCUCUCUGCUCAGUACGGACAUUACUCCACCACAGAGGUGCUGCUUCGGGCAGGCGUGAGCCGGGAUGCCAGGACCAAAGUAGAUAGGACCCCUUUGCACAUGGCAGCAUCAGAGGGCCAUGCCCGCAUUGUAGAAGUGCUCCUCAAGCAUGGAGCUGACGUCAAUGCAAAAGACAUGCUGAAAAUGACAGCCCUUCACUGGGCCACAGAGCAUGGCCAUCGGGAGGUCGUCGAGCUUCUCAUCAAGUAUGGCGCCGAUGUUCACGCGCAGAGCAAAUUUUGCAAAACUGCGCUAGACAUUGCUAUCGACAACAAUAAUGAAGAACUCGCUGAAAUCCUCCAGGUGUCCAUGCAGAAUCAAAUAAAUACUAACCCAGAAAGCCCAGACACGGUGACGAUACACGCUGCAACGCCUCAGUUCAUCAUCGGACCUGGUGGAGUGGUCAAUUUGACAGGCCUGGUGUCUGCUGGCAAUUCCUCCAAAUCAGCAGAUGAGGCGGGUCUGUCAACAUUACAGUUUGGCGACUCCUCAACAUCAGUUUUAGCUACAUUAGCCGCUUUAGCAGAAGCAUCCACUCCUUUAUCCAAUUCAUCUGAAACGCAAGUUGUUGCAACUGAAGAGGUGGUUACAGCAGAUUCCGUGGAUGGUGCUAUUCAGCAGGUAGUCAGCUCUGGAGGCCAGCAAGUCAUCACCAUUGUUACAGAUGGCAUCCAGCUUGGGAACCUGCAAACAGCCAGUGGUAUAGGCCAACCUAUCAUUGUCACAAUGUCUGAUGGUCAGCAAGUUUUAACAGUGCCAGCCACAGACAUUGCAGAAGAGACAGUAAUCAGCGAAGAGCCAACAAUGAAACGGCAACGCAUAGAGAUCAUUGAGAACCACACAGAAAGUCCAGACAUGGAGGAGAAAGAAACCUUACAGAAACAGUUAGAGGAGGCCAAUCGGGAAGCGCAGAAGUAUCGACAGCAGCUGCUGAAGAAAGAGCAGGAGGCUGAGGCCUACAGACAGAAACUGGAAGCGAUCACUCGUCAUCAGAGCAACAAGAAAGCUGUGUGAACUUUCAGGUUCUCCCUGAGAUUCUGUCCAUAGCGUCUUCACCAAAUGGCAAAGAGUUGCUGAUUCUCCACCAGCUCUCUCAUGAAAGCAUGGCGGAGGGAAGACACAGCAUUUUACACAGGAGUUGAGUGGCAUUUGUUAAUUGACUGGAUAUUUUCCAUGGAUGCUUGAUGGACUAGGACGGCUCUGAAAUUUCUUAGCUCUUGCCAUGGUCUCUUAUGUAAAUGACCUUGACUGAAUUCUCCAUUUUCCAGACGUUUGUUUUUAUGUAGUUUUUCCAUGUGGUGCUACAGCUUUAGCCUUUUUGCUGAAAAUCAACUAACAUGAAGCUGAUUUCUCAGCAUUUAUUAACUGAAAAAAAUGUUAGCAUGAUCUUUUUUGUAUUACAAAUCUGAAAUUUGUGAAUGAGUUCACGAAUGGGGAUAUUACAGGUAAUCGGGUCAUAAGCUCCUGCGAACUACACUACAUGCAAACACAACUGAAAAGUAUACCACGUCCCCUUAUUCGAGGCUGUAGAGGUAAAUGGAGUCAUGACCUAAAGUCAUGACCGUUUCCAGAUUAACCAUUUACACUUUGAGGGUGUUAGUUACCUGUCAAAUUUCAUAGUACAAGGAAAAUAAUGGUGCAAAUGAGCUAUUGUAUUGU